AUGUCUCUAACAGAAACCCAAAGUGAGCACGGAUUCGAUGGAAGAGAAUAUGAGAGAUUUUUGCAAGCCAACAACAGAGAAUUCAACGCUCUUUUUGGAUAUCCAAACAAUGCCAUCAAGACCUCAAAAUAUACUAUUUUGAACUUCCUGCCCCUGAACCUAUUUGAACAGUUCCAGAGACUUGCAAAUGCCUAUUUCCUGGUAUUGCUAAUUCUACAGUUGAUUCCCCAGAUCUCCUCCUUGGCAUGGUACACCACUGUGGUACCUCUGGUGGUGGUGCUGUCCAUAACAGGAGUGAAGGAUGCCAUCGACGACUUGAAAAGGCACCAAAGUGACAAUCAAGUUAACAACUGUUCUGUUCUGCUGCUGGCAGAUGGCAGGGUGAAGGAGGACAAAUGGAUGAAUGUCCAAGUGGGAGAUAUAAUAAAACUAAAAAAUGACCAGGCUGUCCCUGCAGAUCUACUAUUACUCUCCAGCAGUGAGCCAUACAGUCUGACAUACAUAGAAACAGCAGACCUGGAUGGUGAAACCAACUUAAAAGUGAAGCAGGCCAUCACCAGUACCGGUGACCUGGAAGAUAAUCUGGAGCUGCUUUCUGUCUUUGAUGGAGAAGUGAAGUGUGAUCCUCCCAAUAACAAGUUAGAUAAAUUCACAGGAAUCCUGACCUAUAAGAGGAAAAGCUACCCCUUGGACCAUGACAAGCUGCUGCUCCGCGGCUGCAUCAUCAGGAAUACAGAUUGGUGUUUUGGCCUGGUCAUUUAUACUGGGCCAGACACCAAAUUAAUGCAGAACAGUGGGAAAUCCAUCUUUAAACGGACACAUAUCGACCAUCUCAUGAAUCUCUUUGUGAUCUGGAUUUUCCUGAUUUUAGGCGUCAUGUGUAUUAUCCUAGCAAUUGGGCAUGGUAUUUGGGAGACCAAGAAAGGCUACCACUUCCAGAUUUUUGUGCCAUGGGAAAGUUAUAUCUCUUCAUCAGUUAUCUCUGCCAUGUUCACUUUCUGGUCCUACUUCAUUAUUCUCAACACCAUGGUGCCCAUUUCUCUUUAUGUAAGUGUUGAAAUAAUAAGACUAGGCAACAGUUUUUAUAUCAAUUGGGAUCGGAAUAUGUUUUAUCAACCAAAGAACACCCCAGCACAGGCGCGCACUACCACACUAAAUGAGGAGCUUGGCCAGGUCAAAUAUUUGUUCUCUGAUAAAACAGGGACAUUGACUCAGAACAUCAUGAUUUUCAACAAGUGUUCUAUCAAUGGAAAGGUCUAUGGUAAUUCCUGUAACAAGGAGGAACUAAGGGAGUCACUACCUGAGAAAGAAAAAGAUAACUUCAAAAAGCUGGCCAGUCCUGCCUUUCCAUUUAAUGACAAGACUUUGGUGGAAGCAGUAAAAAAAGAUUACCGGGUGCAUUUGUUUUUCCUCUCCCUCUCAUUAUGUCAUACUGUGAUGUCACAAGAGAAAGUAGAAGGUGAGCUGGUGUACCAGGCUCAGUCCCCAGAUGAAGGUGCCCUGGUCACUGCUGCCAGAAACCUUGGCUUUGUGUUCCGUUCCCGCACGUCUGAGACUAUCACAGUGGUUGAAAUGGGAAAAACCAGAGUCUAUCAGCUGCUGGCUAUUUUGGACUUCAACAAUGUGCGCAAGAGGAUGUCUGUUAUUGUUCGGACUCCUGAAAAUCGGGUAAUAUUGUUCUGCAAGGGAGCAGACACCAUCAUCUGUGAGCUGCUUCAUCGUUCCUGUGUAGCCCUUAAUAAAGUGACCAUGGAACAUUUGGAUGAUUUUGCCAGCGAAGGUCUUCGCACCCUCAUGGUGGCCUACCGAGAGUUGGAUGAUAAAUUCUUCCAGACCUGGAGAAAGAAGCACAAUGAGGCGUGUCUGUCUGUGAAAGACAGGGAAAUUAAAUUAUCAACUGUUUAUGAAGAGAUCGAGAAAGACUUGAUGCUGUUAGGGGCCACAGGCAUAGAAGACAAACUGCAAGAUGGAGUGCCUGAGACAAUCAUCACCCUGAACAAAGCCAGAAUCAAAAUAUGGGUUUUAACUGGUGAUAAGCAAGAAACUGCUGUGAACAUUGCCUACUCCUGUAAUGUAUUUGAGGAUGAAAUGGAUGAGGUGUUUGUGAUUGAAGGCAAGGACAGUGAUACAAUUCUGCAAGAACUCAGGACAGCAAGGGGCAAGAUGAAACCUGAAUCUCUACUGGAAUCAGACCCAAUCAACAUUUACCUAAAGAGGAAGUCCAAAAGGUCCUUCACAAUGCCUGAGGAGGUGCCCUCUGGUGACUAUGGCUUAAUCAUCAGUGGCUACAGUCUGGCUUAUGCUCUAGAAGGGAACCUGGAGUUGGAACUGCUACGAACAGCGAGCAUGUGCAAGGGGGUAAUCUGCUGCCGGAUGACACCCUUCCAGAAGGCCCAGGUGGUAGAGCUGGUGAAGAGGUACAAGAAGGUGGUGACACUGGCCAUCGGGGAUGGGGCCAAUGACGUCAGCAUGAUCAAAGCUGCCCACAUUGGGGUCGGUAUCAGCGGCCAGGAGGGGAUGCAGGCCAUGCUCAACAGUGACUUUGCCUUCUCCCAGUUCCGCUACCUUCAACGUCUGCUGUUGGUACAUGGCCGCUGGUCUUAUAAUCGCAUGUGCAAAUUUCUCAGCUUCUUCUUUUAUAAGAAUUUUGUCUUCACCUUGGUGCACUUCUGGUAUGCUUUUUUCAACGGAUUCUCUGCACAGGCAGUCUAUGAUACCUGGUUUAUCACCUGCUACAAUUUGAUUUACACCUCCCUCCCUGUCCUGGGCUUGAGUCUAUUUGAUCAGGAUGUGAAUGAAACAUGGAGCCUACAUUUCCCAGAGCUGUAUAUCCCAGGCCAGCACAACCUCUAUUUCAACAAGAAGGAAUUUGUGAAGUGUUUAUUACACGGGAUCUACAGUUCCUUUGUGCUGUUCUUUGUCCCCAUGGGAACAAUUUACAACUCAGCACGCAGUGAUGGAAAGGACAUCUCCGACAUCCAGACCUUUUGCCUGCUAGUACAAACCUCCUUAAUCUGGGUGGUCACAGUGCAGAUUGCCCUGCAGACAACCUACUGGACGAUGAUAAGCCACUUCUUCAUCUGGGGUAGCCUGGGUUUCUACUUUUGCAUCUUAUUCUUCCUGUACAGUGAUGGCUUGUGUCUAAUGUUCCCCACCAUCUUUCAAUUCCUAGGUGUGGCUAGGAACACUAUGAACCAGUCACAAUUGUGGCUGGGCCUUAUCCUCAGUGUGAUCCUCUGUAUAAUGCCUGCAUUUGGGUACCAGUUUCUCCAACCACUAAUUUGGCCUCUCAGUGUGGACAAGGUUUUGGACACAAUUCAUUAUGGCAAGAUACGGCCACCAGAAGUUCAAGUCCGGACCAAAGUGAAACACCCAGGCCUGCGACGUUCUGCCUAUGCAUUCUCCCACAAACAGGGCUUUGGGGCCCUCAUCACUUCUGGAAAGACAACAAAGGCCAAGAAAAACAGCUUUCCUCUUAAAAAGCCUCCGCCCUACACUCCCGCGGGUUCCAGCCCCUGGCAACAAACAGCAGUACCACGCCGGACACCGCCCGCCGGGGCGGGGCGAGGGCCUCAGGAGGCGGGGCCACGGCUGCAGCUUCGCCCCUCCCCUCGCGGGAAAGCACGGCGCGUGACUCUGGCGCGCCCAACAAGGCGCGAGCAGGGGAGCUGGGCGAACACCUCGGGCCCAGCGGACCGAACCAAAGCGCGGUCCAGAAGGGCUGCACUAGGGCAACCCAGAUCGGACCAUCGACACCACGUCUGCAGGGGGGACCGGGCGUUUCCAACCCGUCUGGAGAGGAGGGGAACGCCGGCGUGCACCGCCUGCAACGCGACCCCUGGAGGGCGCGAGACGCUGCCGCUGCAGCCGCCGCCAGCGCGGAAGGACAAGGCUGAAGCGAGAAGCGAGCCCUUCCCUCCCAGCCCCACCCUCCCGGCCGUCUCCAGCCCUCUGGGUGGAUCAGGUCCCCAGUCCUUGGUCUGUAUGGUCCGCGGAACCCUCAGACAGACAUCCAGCACCUUUCAGCCUUUUGGGCACUACCCCAGAUCUGUCCCCAACCGUCUUCUCAAACUGUCCCCGCGGAGAACCCCCGAGCCCGACUUGCGUCCAGUAGUCAUCCUUGUACCUAAAUUUCCUGUGAAAGCCUUUGGGGAGGGGAGCGCGGCCGACGGGCACUCAGCCGGGGACUGCAGACUGCGACUGCAGCGGAGACCACGGUGCAGCCAAUUCCAGCCCGGGUCUUCGCGCCUUUGGCUCUUGGUUCCCAAGUUGGUCUCUACCCAGAGCUGGCUUUGGUUCUCCCUCUUUCCAGUUUUACCUGGGGAAAAUCUUUGGCUUGGCAAUUUGCCGGUUCCUUCGUACUGCCCUCAUCUGCCGCGAAGGGCACAGUGA